AUGACUUCAACUAUUACUCGAACGAUCUUAGCCUAUAUCUACACUAUUCAUUCUAGCGCCUUCUACGACAAGUUGACUCAGACUACACUAAUUUCGGUGUGGAUACCAGAGAUCGCCAACUGUCAAUCUGAAGGCAAAGUGCGGGAACCAGAUAUUACAGUAUAUCUUUCGGCAUACUCUGGUUUCAAAACCUUGGAUCAGGAAAAUGGCAAACUGGGGAUGGAAGGGGAGAUUGUCUCAACGCCGCAUGUGACCCCCGCAAAGGCGGCUCUCGGAACCAAAUCCCAGCCCUGUGGCAAGUGGGACACCCCACUUGGCGCCAUGGGACCUCGUCAUAUAAACCUGGGGUAG